GCACCUUACUGGACACAAAAGUAUUGAACAGAGUGAAAGGCAAAGACCUCUCAGCUGGAAACAGAGGAACAGAUAAUACUGAAGAGGAAUUUUUUUUACCAGAGCCAUUUAUUAGACUGAAGAGACCAGCUGCCAAUCCAAGGAUCAGUCUGUGGGUGAGCAUGAUGUCGUUUGUGCCACGGGGCCUCUCCCCACCUCCAUGUGGGACCCAGUACACCAGCCUCGAACAGGAGCCUCCAGAGUUCAGCCUGUACAGCGACAACAUCUACAGCCCUCCAGCACUGCCUGGCCCACAGCAGGCCACCCCUACUGCCUACGACCUGGGAGACUACACCAGCCCUCCUUCCAACCCUUACUUGUGGUUUAACGGCCCAGAGCUCAACAGUGUUCCCUACCUAGGGGGACCCACGGGGCCAAUCUGUGGGCCCUAUGUGCCCCAACUCUACAACAUGCAGAGGCCCUAUCUGGGUGCUGGCGGGCCGGGGGGUGGUGUAGGGGACCUGAGCUGGUUCUCCAUGCCCUCUCAGGAGGAGCUGAUGAAGCUGGCCAGGCCACCAUACUCCUACUCUGCCCUUAUUGCCAUGGCGAUCCAUGGGGGCCAAGACAGACGGCUCACCCUGAGCCAGAUCUACCAAUAUGUAGCAGACAACUUCCCCUUCUACAACAAGAGCAAGGCCGGCUGGCAGAACUCUAUCCGCCACAAUCUCUCCCUCAAUGACUGCUUCAAGAAGGUGCCCCGAGAUGAGGAUGAUCCAGGUAAGAACAUUUGUUCCAUGCCUACACAAUGUUUGAUUUACAAAAGGGAAAUGUAUACACUUACAGUAUAACCUUAAAAAAAAAGUGUAAUGUGUCUCAGACAGAUGCCUAAUUAUGUAAGAGCAAUUCCUUAACAAAAAUGUCUUAUGUGACUUCUUACAGGCAAGGGUAACUACUGGACCCUGGACCCCAACUGUGAGAAGAUGUUUGACAACGGCAACUUCCGUCGCAAGAGGAAGAGGAAGUCGGACUCCCUGCCUGGCGAGGGGGGCUCCUCAGGUUCUGAGUCGUUAGAGUCCAGCCCCAAACACCACAACAACAUGAAUGACGUGUCCAGCUCCUCUGACCGCGGCCCCUCCCCAAUCUCCUCAGCCCCCUCCCUCUGCCUGAACAGCUUCCUGUCUCAGAUGGCUGAAGUGGGGAUGGAAUCAAACACAGUAGCGGCAGAUACCCUCCACAGACCCAGCCUGGCUAUAGAGCUGCCCCAACGGGCCUCUCCGGCCCAGGGAUACGGCUCCUACUCCCCCAAUGCUGCGAUGCCUCAGUGGGAGGUCUGUAUGUCCCAUCCACAGCAGCCUACCAUUUCCUCCUCUCCUCCCCUCUACCCUGCGGGCUACAGUGACUCUGUCCUCACCCAGCUCAGCAGCCAACUAUAUCCAGCCCUGGACUCUGCCUCAAUGCUUUACCCACGGGAAGGCACAGAGGUGUAAAACACAACUGAUAGAUCUACUGGGUCAUUCCACCAAUUAGGUGCCU